AUGGGGGUGGUUCCUAGCUCUGGAUGUCAGUGUGAUGAUCUCCAUUUAAGGGCUGGUGCCUACCCCUGUUUUCCUGGCAGGUCUUUGUGUUUUGAUGUUGGACAGAAAACCUGGAAAUCUUAUGACUGGUCACAGAUUACAACUGUGGCAGUUUUUGGAAAAUAUGACCCAGAACUUAUGUGCUAUGCUCAUUCAAAAGGAGCCAGAGUAGUGCUAAAAGGUGAUGUGUCCCUGAAGGACAUCAUUGAUCCUACGGUCAGAGCAGCAUGGGUAGCUCAAAAAGUUGAUUUGGCCAAAACACAAUAUAUGGAUGGAAUUAAUUUAGACAUAGAACAAGAAGUUAAUUGCUCAUCACCUGAAUAUGAAGCACUGACAGCUUUGGUUAAAGAAACUACCGAGCAUUUCCACCGGGAGAUUGAGGGAUCACAGGUAAAUGUUCAUUUCAUUGUUGGUUAUUAAUGAAAAUAUAUUCAC